AUAAUUAUUAGAAAAGCAGAAGAAAGAAGUUAAGUGAUACUGAGAUCUAUAAAAGUAUAUAGUAUCUCUUCAAGAACAAUAUCUCAUAACCCACUUCUCCUUUGACUGAUCUAUCAUAAUCUUUAAACCCCAGAAUCAAUGGAGGAAGGUGGGAGUAGUCACGACGCAGAGAGUAGCAAGAAGCUAGUAAGAGGGAAGAUAGAGAUAAAGAGGAUAGAGAACACAACAAGUCGUCAAGUAACUUUCUGCAAACGACGCAAUGGUCUUCUUAAGAAAGCUUAUGAGCUUUCUGUCUUGUGUGAUGCUGAAGUUGCCCUCGUCAUCUUCUCUACUCGUGGCCGUCUCUAUGAGUACGCCAACAACAGUGUGAAGGGUACAAUUGAAAGAUACAAGAAAGCUUGUUAUGCCGUCAACCCUCCUUCUGUCACCGAAACUAACACUCAGUACUAUCAGCAAGAAGCCUCUAAGCUUCGGAGGCAGAUUCGUGACAUUCAGAAUUCUAACAGGCAUAUAGUUGGGGAAUCACUUGGUUCCUUGAACUUCAAGGAACUCAAAAACCUCGAAGGACGACUUGAAAAAGGAAUCAGCCGCGUCCGAUCCAAGAAGAAUGAGCUGUUAUUGGCGGAGAUAGAGUAUAUGCAGAAGAGGAAAAUGGAGUUGCAACACGAUAACAUGUACCUGCGAGCUAAGAUAUCGCAAGGUGCGAGAUUGAAUCCGGAGCAGCAGGAUUCGAGUGUGAUACAAGGGACAGCGGUUUACGAAUCCGGUUUAUCUUCCCAUGACCAGUCGCAGCAUUAUAACCGGAACUAUAUUCCGGUUAACCUACUUGAACCAAAUCAACAAUUCUCCGGUCAAGACCAACCUCCUCUUCAACUUGUUUAAGCUUGAACAUGAAAAAAAAAACUUGUUUCUUCCCCUCAAAACGAUUGUUCCGAGAAAGACACUAAAUAAGAGUAACUUCUUCU